CUGGCCUAAAGAAGAUAAAACAAGAUGAAAGCUGCUAGCUGGAUAUACGAGGAAACGCAUGAAAUUUUACGAAGAUAUAUAACGCGAUUAAAAUGCAGAAAAGUGUGUAAAAGAAAAAAAAGAAAGAAAAGAAACGUCGUAUCGUGAACGUAAUGUGCGCGUUUGGAGAUUUGAAUUAAGGCGCCCUUCGCGCCGGUCGCUCCGGCAGAUGCACGAAGGUCAAAAGUAUUUUAAAAAUAAGGCCGUAGGCAUUGGCAGAUUGGUAUGGCAGUGGACGUUAAGGGUCGGGUGGCGUUGUAAUGGCAAAAAGUUUGCGAAAGGGCUGGGAUUGGAGAUAGACAAGAUGGACCAGCAGUAUUGCCUUCGCUGGAACAAUCAUCCGGCCAAUCUGACGGAUGUUCUCAGCUCCUUGUUAGCACGAGAGGCACUUUGUGAUGUUACCCUGGCCUGUGUCGGCGAAACCUUCAAGGCACAUCAGACGAUACUCUCUGCGUGCAGUCCUUACUUUGAGAACAUUUUCCUUCAGAACACCCAUCCUCACCCAAUAAUCUUCCUCAAGGAUGUCAACGACACUGAGAUGAAGGCAUUACUCCACUUUAUGUACAAGGGAGAGGUUAAUGUUAGUCAGCAUCUACUACCGAUGUUCCUUAAGACCGCAGAGGCACUGCAGAUCAGAGGCCUCACUGACAAUAGUGUAAAUAACAAGACCGAGGAGAAAUGCCCAUCACCAGAACCAGAGACCCAAACACCUGGAAUCAGACACACCGAUUCGCCUAACCUACAAUCUCAUCCUGAAAAGAGGAAACGAAAGAAUUCUGGCAACUAUGAUGUCUCCCUCACCGGCCCGCCCAGUGAACGGUUCUUAUCCGAUUCUCAGGCAUCGUCUCAAUGUAGUUACAAAUCGAGUCCUCCAGUGAUUCCAAAAUUAAACAAUGCACUGGGGGGCGAUUCGGAGGAUGGGGGGCGACCGAUGUCCCCUUUGUCUCAACCUCAGGCUCCUAUCAAACAGGAGCUAGACCAUCACAUGCCUGACUUCCAUGACAACAUCUCCCUCCCUACUAGUGUGGAGUGGGAGGUUCAGAGAGAUGAUGGGAAGAGUGACGAAACUAUGGACGCACCGAGCACGGCUCGUCCCGGUCGUCCGAUUUCCGCCCUGUUGCAAGUCUCUCGCGAGAGCACCAUCAUGGCCGGCGGCUCCCUACUAUGUAUCAAUACCUCAUCGGCAGCUCUAACCGAAUACCAUGGGAAACGACGUAAAGCCGCACGAGCUAGCCUGCUCCCGAAAUCGUCGUAUGACGCGGGGAACGUAGCGACCUAUAGCUGUUCCAAGGCGACGCUUCUGCCCUCUAGCUCCGUGUCUCAGUGCUCCGGUACCAACUCCAAAGCCGUCGCCGAUGCUGCCGUUCCUACCGUCUCUGCCGGUGUCGCCGGGACCAACGAUAAUCGCGGCACCGGCAAAAUCGUUAACGUCGACGCAUUCAGACAGGACAUCUCCGUGAUACAGUCCACUGUCUGCGGCCCUUUGCAACGACCCACUUCGCAUCCUAGAAAAGCCGGGAGAUUUAAGCCGAGCUGGCUCCAGACGUACUCCUGGUUGCAGUACGACGAGAGGUCUAACCUCAUGUUCUGCAAAUUUUGCCGGAAAUGGAGCGACACUAUUCCUGAGAUUCGUACCUCGUUUGCCGCGGGAAACGGCAACUUCAGGCUCGAGAUUGUCAAUCAUCAUGACAAGUGCAAGGCGCACAAUCUGUGCGUCGCCAAGGACGGCGAAUCGAGGGACUCGUACUCGUUUGCUACCGAAUCUUUUUGAGAGCUUGCGCUCCUGCCUCUUCCGGUUUUCGUCUGUGAUACACAAUUUUCUUGUUACGCUGCGACAGAUUUUUAUUUCUAUUAAAGGGGGUGGUUUGGUAGUCACGUUUUAAGGAACAUUAACUAGGCAUCGGCGGGUGCAGGGGUUUGUAAUGACCCUGACCUAGACUCCAGGUCACGUCAGUGGCGAAUGUUUUUGUCUCGCGUAUAGGAGUCGUCACGUGCAUUGAGAAAGUGAAACGGAUUCCACGUGACGAGUAACGAUAGGCUUGGCUUUCGGUCUUUAUGGGGGAAUGCUCUUUAUUUGUAAGUUCGGUCAUGAUUGACAAGUGCCUUGUCGGUAAAGCGAUUCUCCAAACGAUAAAGCACUUUUAUUUUUGGACUUGCGUAUCGUAUCUCUUUGCACGUUUAUACUUACAGUGCCGAAAUUCCAUUACAUAUCCUGUGAGGUUAUACAAGUGGGACCCUGCAUGCGAAUGCGUGACGUAUUUCGUAUGUUUUUAUAUACAGGGUGAAGCAUUUAAAUCGAGACUGUCAAAUAACUCAAAGACAAGGUCUUAUAUGAAAAAAGUGUUUGAGACAAAAGUUGUAGGAGUUUGAGGGGCCAAUGGAAUAUGCCUACUUGAAUAUUAUUGAUGGUUGGUUUCAAUUAAAGUAGGCCACACUCUAUUGCCCCCCUUAAACCCAUACAACUUUUCUCUCAAACAUUUUCUUAGCAUAGCACCUUGUUGUUAAGUUAUUUGACAGCUCGAUUAAAAUGCUUCACCCCUGUAUGUAUAUACAUAUAUACAUUACCUGUACUAUUUUCAUGAAACUUUCCAAUAACGAUAAAGUCCGACGAAUGCGUUAUCGCGUAUUGGCUAAUCGUGGAUACACUGUGAAGAAAGAUUUAUUUGUUUCUAGUGAAUAUUAUUUCUAUCGAUUAAGAUAAAAUUCAUUGAACGAAACCUGCGCUGUUAUCUCAACUCCAUCGCGUGGUUACAGUAUAUACCUCAUAUUACUCAGUUCCAUCGACUACAGUACACGUAACCCAAGUAAAUAAUACUUCUUUGAAGCAUACCGCUGGCUUUUCACGAGCUGUCCUUUCGCAUUAGAAUUUCGCGUGGCAGGACUAAGCACACAGACAGGAAAUGCAUAUACUUAAAAAUUGCUCGAAAACUGUGUUAAAAUAUUUUUACCAAUUUGCCCACAGGCCAUAUUUAAAUGGCCCACGUACGUAGCUCACUGGCUACUGGCAGAAUUGAUUAUCAGUCGAUUAAAUGUUUUUCGUUCACUUUACCAAAAACUUUUUUCAAUGUACAAAUAUAAUACUAGCAACGGCACCAAGACACGCAGCAGAGUGAAAUAGAGUUUUCAGAAAAUAUGCGAGAACAUUCGAUUCACACCGAGCAUCGUGUCGUAACGUAAAUGCAGUAUAUGAAUUUUCGAUCGUUUCUCUCGUUAGUGCCGGGAUCUCAACAUUGUAAUGACGUAACGUACUAUUUACCGCGCGCCAACGUUUUUUCCUUCGUUACACACAGCUAGCAUUGCCAUGCUCAGUCCGAGGCUAGGAGUUCGUUGAUUUUCUAUACUCGUGAGAAAAGUUACUACGUUGCAGCAUGCGCAACAAUGCGAACAUCGUGCCAGAUGCUACGUCACCUCUAUUCUGUCGAAGCGGUGACGUCAGCCAACUUUUGACAUGCCUGACACUUUGAUACAUUUUUAUUCCCCCUCCGCGAGACUCCGUCAGUACGUACAUGGAUACCCUUAUCCAAUGUCGAAAGCUCAAAGGGAAAUAUUGCACUCGUUCGUUCCGCAAGCUCGUUCGAAGUGCUUGGCAACAGGAAAUUCGUUACCGGACCAAUGUGCGCGGUGGCGUGUAUACGGAGGAAGAUACAUUGUGAUUACGUAAAUACUCAUCCGUUCUUAUAGAUACAUACGAGAGUGAGAGAGAGAGAGAGAGAGAGAGAGAGAGAGAUAGUUAGAGAUAGAGUGGAAGCGCGAAAGAGAACGAUCAUUCGAGAGCAUAGCGUAGAGUAGUUCGAGUAUAUUAAUAUAAGGACACACGGUAUACGUAUGUGCAUUGCAACAAGUAUCCACGAGGGAAGUAUCUUGUGAGAACGUAUAAGAAGCGAUAAGAUUGCAUAGAUGGCGCUUAUAGCGCGAAGGAAUGCCAAAGUAGUAAUUUUCCAAGGUGAUGCAGUUCCGCGAUGGUUCUAUCGUGCGUUUUCAUUGAAAGCUGCGCCGGAACCCGCGAAACAACAUUAUAUUCGUGCCGUUACGUAAACGCGCGAGCCCGAGGAUGCCCUGCGGGCCGAACGUAGUGUAUGUAUCGCGAAAAGUGGAUUUUCCGCGCUAAAGUCCGACGCGUCAAGAGUGUUUUCUGGUGCGAAGGGCGGGAGGAGGGGGGAAAAAAGGCAAUUUCGAAAACUUGUAAAAACGACGUCACGCCGCUCAGCUUGGUCGUAUCAGAUUUAAAAUAGCUCUCGGCACCUGUGUCUCACAGUGCGCCGGAGUUACUCUUGAAAUGGGAUGCGGGGCUCGACUUUUACGAAGCGAGCGCAUCCACGCUGUCAAUUGUUAUUCAUUGUGCCGUUCGUCCAGAUGAGAGUUUUAGGCCUUGGACAUGACUCGGGAUUACGUGCGCUGCAUGGCAUUCCCAGGGGCCACUCAAGUUUUACGCGUAACGAGCUCUCGUUGCUGCCAUAUUUUGGCGUAACCUCCUGGGCCGCGCAGCCCGCAGUGCGAAUUAAGACAUUAAACGAGAAAGUUCCGGGGACAAGGAAAUAAGCACUGCUGUCUUGGGUGGCGCGAAUAUUAACGUGGGCUAACUCUCGUUGUCCAUUACUGUCGCGCGUACGUAAUUGUAAAAGCGCUUUGCCAUUCUCAUGUCUCCUGCCGAAGGUAGGUCCUCCAGACGAUACGUUAGUACAUACGUGUUCCAUAUUGUGAUACAUAGGGGUGAUAUAAACGUAGGUAAAUGCGAGCGAUACUCAGGAACGAAUAGAGACGGACUUCGAUACGUAUUUGCGUCCUUUGUAUCCGGAGUCCCAAGAUUAUCCCUACCGCUUAAGUAUUCAGUAUCUACUACGCGAUUUCUCGCUACGCGAACAUCCAUUCGUGAAUUGUAUCCCGAAGCUUUUCCUAAGAAUUUACGGCAUUUCAUCGAUAAAACUUCACUCUCGUUUCAUCCGUAGCGAUACGUAGCUUCACACCGAUCCAGAAUAAUCUACGGUACCGAUAACGCGUUAUUUAUAUUUUUAUACGCAUCCACGGUGCACUGUAAUUCGGGCGCCUUCGGGGAUUUAGAUGUAAAUACCGAGUGGUAAUCUGGCGUAGGUCUUAUUGCGAUACGAUUAUUAAAAAGAGUGCUUAAUGUACCUCAGAUACAUGCAUAAGUAGUUGCUGCGAAUUAGUUUGUCGUUGUAAUUUAGUUUUACCGCACCAUUUGUACCACGUUUAUCAAGUCGUAUGCAAUAAAUCAUUGUGCUUCUUGAAAGCACCCUUUAUGGUCGUUCA